AGCAACAAAACCAUAUAUCAGAUAUCAAAGAUUUCUCUCUCUCUGUCUUUCUCACUCCUUUGUGACAAACAAUGGCGAAGCUUGCAACCCUGGCAGCGAUCUUUGCGGCCUUCCUGCUGAUGUCCCAUGUCGUUGAGGCCCACUGGACCACGAUAACCAGCGUCGAGAUCGACGAGGAUGGGGAUGGCCCUAGGAGAGGCGGGAGCUGCCGCGAGCAGCUCCAGAGGCAAGAUCUCAACCGCUGCGAGCAGCUGUUCGGGGACAUCGCCCAUGGCCGCCGAGGGGGCAGCGAGAGGGAGCGAAUGGAGUCGUCGGAGAACCUGAGGCCGUGCUGCGAGCAGCUCAGGCAGGUGCAGGAGGGGUGCCGGUGCGAGGGGAUAAGGCGGAUCGUGAGGGAGCAGCAGGGCGAGUUCAGAGGCAAGGGGAGCCACGAGGUGGCGAGGUCGGCUCGGCGCUUGCCUUCGACUUGUGGGGUUGCUCCUCAGUACUGUGAGAUCAGAGCCGCUUGGUACUGAGCCGUUUCCGGCUUAGGAGAUGGAAAAUGAUUCAUGAGAUGUUAAUAAUGUGCAGUUCACUCUAGUUCUCUUGGUUUAGAGUAAUUAGAGUGUAGGAGAGAGUUCUAAAUUUAUCCGCGCAAUCAUUCAGGGUUUUCAUUUGGGUCGGUUCUCGAGUUUUUCUGAGGAUUUUGCAGGUUCUCAUGUAAUAAAAGUCCUUUCAAAAUUAUCUUAUUAAUCAGUCUUCGUUAAUGUUAA